AAGACCCAGGUGUUCACACACCCGCCCAUAUCCCACAGCCACCGAGGGCUUAACGAAGGAAACCACCCGGCACUCCUUAAAUAAUCCUAAUCAACACAGGUAUUUCUAUUUCUAUUUUAAUCACCUUCCCUACUCCUCCUUCUCCGCCCAAACCCAUAUUUCCUCCUCCGCCUCCUCCUUUAACCAUUUCCUCCUCCUCUAACUAUUUCCUCCUCCUCCUCCUCCUUUGUGUUCCUUUGUGUUCCUUUAACUAAACAAGCCUCUCUACCGUCCAACUAAUUACCCCCGCGGGACUCGACCCGACCCCUACCUAACUCCUUCCAGGUGUUCAGUUGAGCUCCUUCUUGGUAAUCAGCAAGCCACCCACGCGGUUUCUAAAUAUAUCAUAACUAAAGUUUCUUGCUACAGAAAAAAGAAAAGAAAAAAGGAAUUGUAACCAUGCCCAAAUAUUUCACUUGCGGUAAUUGUUCGCAGAAAUUUGCCACGAUCCACUUUCAACUCAGCGAGUCUAAAUGUAAAUAUUGUGUCUUGGACUCGCGUAUCCAAGCACUUAGCUCGAUUAACGAUGAGCUGAAACGCUCAAACGUAUUGAUAUGGGAAGUUGUGACUUCUUUCCCCGCCCUUCCUACUCCAACUUCCUCCUCCUCAAACUCAUAUUCUGACGUUCUGACCCAAUUACAUACCUCCUCCUCCUCCUCUGCCUCGCCUGAACCCGCCUCCAUCCUUACUAUUCCUUCCGCCCCAUCCACCUCCCUUGCUACCUCAUCCACUCCCACUCCCUCUUCUCCCUCCACCACCCUUGACUCCUCCCCUAUCCUCAUCACCACUCCAUCUUCCCCUUCCACCUCCAACACGAUCUCCUCUGCCUCGCCUCAACCACCCCACUCCUCUGCAACGCCUGAACCCGCCGCCACCCCUACCAUUCCUUCUAUCCCAUCCACCUCCCUUGCUACCUCAUCCACUCCCACGCCCUCUUCUCCCUCCAACACCCUUGACUCCUCCCCUAUCCUCAUCACCACUCCAUCUUCCCCUUCCACCUUCAACACGAUCUCCUCUGCCACGCCUGAACCCGCCGCCACCCUUACCAUUCCUUCUACUCCAUCCACCUCCCUUCCUACCCCAUCCACCUCCAUCCACAGUACCACUCCCCUUUCUCCCGCUCUCCCUUCCUCUCCCUCCAACACCCUUGACUCCUCCCCUAUCCUCAUCACCACUCCAUCCUCCACUUCCACCUCCAACACGAACUCAACCUCCGCCUCCUCCUCCACUUCUGAUACCACAUCUCCCUCCAUCCACACCUCACCCUCCACCCUUCCCCAACCACCCACUACUAUCACCACCACCACUUCCAAACCCACCUUAGCCCGCGCUCCCUCUUGUACCUCGCGCCCUUCCAGAAGAAAUCACAAGACCAUUCUACCAGCUGUCACUUGUACGAACCAGACGCUGUUUCCUGGUAUGGGCAAACUAACUACUAGAGUCAAUUUAGUUGGAGACAGUGUGGUGAGAGGCCAACUUACGGAGUUUUGCGGUCGGAAUACGUUGACACGGCAGCGUUUCUGUAUCCCCGGAGCCAAACUGGACGAUAUUGAAUCAGCUGUCGAUGCAGUUUCAGUAAAUGCGAAGGACGACACAGUGUAUCUGAUCCAUGCGGGAACCAACGACCUUCAGUCAACUCAAAUUCAGGACCUGUUAGCAAAAUACCGUCAAGUCAUUCGGAAAUACAAGACCAAGUCUCCUCACAUCAUCGUCUCUGGAAUUCUACCGAGAGUCAAUACGUUCGCCGGAUACAACAACAGUAAAGCGUACGGCGUCAACACUAGUCUAAAGCAGUUAUGUAACGAUGAAGGCGUAGGGUUCAUGAACGCAUGGCAUCACUUCAACCAGCGCCCAGAUUUGUCUUGGGAGGACGGACUCCACUUGAACGAGGUUGGUUCGGCGCGGCUAGGAAGGCUCCUGAACGAUGCAGUUGAAAGCUUCUCGAAAAGCUAUUCAAAAAACUGGAGGCGAGGGCAAGGCAAAGGCAACCCUUGAUCAACCGAACCGUAGCGUCGAUGCGGCUUGCAAGAAACUGUGUAACCAACGACGCCUCCGACAAGCGAACUCAUUCAACACGACGCGGCCAAACCAGUAGUCACAUUUCCAUUUUGUACACAAAUGCACGCAGUCUAUUACCCAAAAGGACGAAAUUAGGGCGUAUAUUGCAACUGAGAAACCAGAUGUGGUAGCCAUCACAGAGACUUGGGCCAACUCUGCACAUCUAGUAUCUGAACUGUCAUUUCCCGGGUACGAAAGCUUCCAAAAAAAUCGAAUGCACAAGAAAGGAGGAGUAAUUUGCUACGUAAAAAGUACGCUCCCUGCCAUAAAAAUAGACAAACAGGACGCAGAGAAUUACGACUCCGUCUAUGUGGAAAUAACUGCGAAUAAUAAGAAACUAACACUUGCGACCGUAUACAGGCCUCCAAAACAAGAGGCAGCCGAUGACACUGCCCUGUACGAAGAGCUUCACUCUUUAACACAAAGUAAAGCAAUAAUAAUUGGGGACUUUAAUUGCCCUAACAUUGACUGGGGACAAUUGACUGGAGAUCAAGAGGGUAACAGGCUUAUAGAAAUGGUGGAGGAUUCGUUCCUCACUCAAGUUGUAACUCAACCAACAAGAGAAAACAAUCUGCUGGAUCUAGUAUUAGUAAGCGACCCCGACCUCAUUCGCGACUGUGAAGUUGGUGAAAAAAUUAACGGUUGCGAUCACCACUUAAUCCGUUUCAAUGUCAACAUAAGUCACAAACUCGUAGACAAUCCGUCAGUGAUACCAGACUACAAAAUAGCAAAUUUCAACCUAGCUCGUGAGCUGCUUCCCUCUGCGACCUGGGACCAACUUCACCUAACCGACAAUACAAUCGACAACGUGUGGAACAACUCCAAAGAUAAGCUUUUGGGAGUAGAAAAGGCUACAGUGCCGACGAAACCCAGGCGAGUAAAUGGUGCCGUAGAUCCACCGUGGAUGACCAGAGAAAUAAAAAGGGCGGUAAACUUAAAAAAAAGGAAUUAUAACCUAAUGAAAGAGAAUGACACGGCCGAAGCCCGUACUCAGUACCACAACAGCCUCAGAGCUUGUCGCACCCUUAUUCGGAGUAGUAAACGCAACUACGAAAAACAAAUAGCGCGUGACAUCAAGACAAACUCAAAAAAAUUCUUCACAUACAUCAGAUCGAAAAAGAAAGUAAAAUCCAAUAUUGGUCCCCUGACAGACGAGACUGGAGCUGCAACUCAGGACAGUAAACAGAUGGCCAGAAUCCUCAACAGUAACUUCGCAUCCGUAUUCACAGUCGAGAACAUCGAAACCAUGCCCGAGAACCCUGACCCGCCGAGGGGAAUAACGCCCCUGAAAAUUGACUCAAUAUGCGACCAAGAAGUGAAAGAGUAUUUGGAUAAACUCGACACGAACAAGUCAACAGGACCUGACGGUUUGUCCCCGCGGUUAUAAAAAGAGCUUAAACAACAAAUACUUCAGCCACUCACUAACAUAUUCAACCAGUCUGUUCAAUUGAAAAAGGUCCCGGAAGACUGGAAGAUGAUGAACGUAACACCAAUUUUCAAAAAAGGAGACAAAAGUGUUGCAUUAAACUACAGGCCCAUAAGUUUGACAUCAGUGGCAGGAAAAAUACUCGAAAAGAUUAUUAGAGACAAACUUGUUAAGUUUCUAGAAGACAAUAAUGUAAUCUCCGACACCCAGCAUGGCUUCAGAAACAAGCGCUCCUGCCUAACGAAUUUAUUAGACUUCUUCCAAGGUAUAUAUAAGAACUGGGAUGCCCACAUCCCCAGUGAUGUUAUAUACCUUUACUUUCAGAAAGCCUUCGACAAGGUACCGCACGAGCGACUCCUUAAAAAACUGCACUCGGCGGGCAUUGGAGCCAAUCUGAUCGCGUGGAUAAGAGAUUGGCUCACCGACAGAAAACAACGAGUACUACUCAACGGACAGCCUUCCGAUUGGCUUCCAGUCACUAGUGGAGUGCCUCAAGGGUCAGUGCUGGGACCCAUUCUCUUCAUCAUAUAUAUCAACGACCUCGAAGCAGGACUGAAAUCCACAAUAUCGAAAUUUGCUGAUGACACUAAGGUGGGGGGAAAGGCCCUCACAAAGACCGACUGCGAAAUCAUUCAGAAAGACCUCAAUCACAUUAUCGAAUGGUCGGAAAAUGGCAAAUGUCCUUUAAUGUUGACAAAUGCAAAGUCAUGCACAUUGGGUCCAGAAAUAGUAACCACACAUACAUCAUGAAUGGGAGACCUCUGCAAGCGAUGCAGGAGGAAAAGGAUCUUGGAGUCACUAUCAGCAGUGACCUGAAACACGCGAAUCACUGUAAAAAAGCAUACAACAAAGCCAACACUAUGCUCGGGUUCAUAGCGAGGAACUUCGAGAGUAAAACGCCAGACUCAAUCUCUUUACAUUAGAGAAAAGACGCCUACGAGGAGAUAUGAUUCAAGUCUUCAAGUAUCUGAAAAAAUUCAAUAACGUCGAUUACUCCAAUUUCUUUGAAUUGCAAACCAACCUAAGAACUAGAAAUAACGGUUUACCCAUUCAGUCUAGUCGAUGUAACACAGACAUCGGAAGGAGUUUCUUUUCAAACCGAGUCAUCCGUCACUGGAACAAUCUUCCUUCAGAAGUAGUAAAUGCGAAUACCAUCAACUCCUUCAAAUAUAGAAUCGACCGUCACUUCGCUGCGUCGGGAGUAAACUGAAUAUUGAGUUGCUUUCAUCUGCUCCUCAAUAUCGAGGUGCUUUCAUCUGCUCCUCAAUGUCGAGGUGCUUUCAUCUGCUCCCCAGGCCCCAGGCUGUCGAGCAGAUUAAAUCACCAAAGCGGGCAACCUCGUAAUGAGCCAUUAGGCUUUCUGUUGCCUGCGUUUCCAUGUUUCCAUGUUUCUGUCUCUCCGGCAUAUGACCACAGAUGUUGCGCAGACUAAACGAAAUUUCCAACUUUUCAUUUGAUACCUCCGUUAGGUUUUGCUGUGACACCAUUCUGAGGCCAAAUUGGAUUCCUCGUUAUUUUCUGCAUCUGGUACGUGUCUACCAUCAAAUAAUUAGUAUACAAUACCUUGCCUCACCACUCCAUCACCACCACCGCUUCACCACGCACCACCACCACCGCACCGCCAACCCACCACUCACCACAGAAACACCUUCCCACUUCUCAGGUUCAGGGGAGAAUGGGCUAAACUUUUGCCUACCACCGUGGAGAACAUCCUGACCCCCUCUCUCUCAUCCCCCUCCCACUUCCCUUCUCACCGCUCUCUCUCCUCCUCAUCCUCCCACUCCCUCCUUCCCUCCCUCCUCCUCUCUCCUCCUCCCUUCUCCCUUCCCUUUUCAUCUGUUGGGACCCAGAAUAUGGACAAACAGAAGACGACCAUAGCAGCACAGUUAAUUAAUAGUGACCCCAAUCAGAGGCAAAUACCGAGUGGAGAUAUGGAGACAAGAAUUGUAAAUAUGAUAGGAGAGGGAAGGAAAAAAUUAGUCAGAUAUACAAAGUUGUAAACAUCUGAUAAGCACUAACACUACUGAGAGGUUAUGGAAAAUACCCAGACCCACAUACAGAAAACAGAUACCCAGUAGGCGUGGUCAGGAAGUGUGGAUAACCAUUCAAGAGGACUCUAACAUGUCACGUGCGGUGUGACGAAAUGCUAUAAGCGAAUAACUGAAAAGAGAAGUCACUGUGGGAGUGUCUUAAGAGUGAAUCACAAAUAGUAGAAGUAAACAAUAUAACAUAAUGAGCGAGCCAACGGUUGUUGACAGGAAGUAUUGGCUACUGGUUAUGUAGAAAAUGAAGGCGUGUCAAAGAUGUAGUUCCGCCUCAAGCAAGGAAAAAUGUGACUUAGACAAUAGUGAUAUGGGCAGACCGAGCCUUGCACUCGCUUCAAGCAGACUUGCUACUCACUCAGCUGAGAAUGGCUGUUGUGAUCUUAAUCCAAUAUCUUUCUCUGCUCCGAUGGCAACGCUGCCUCGUUCAAAAAUCAUAACACCGCCGCGGCCGCCACGCUUACCAGCCGGAGCCUCAAAUCAUGUCCCUUUGUGGUGAUAAAGAGGACACAGCCUGGUGUGAAGCUACAUUUAUUACGGAAGGAUGCCAGCCGGGAUCCGAACACGUCCGAUAUCAUCCAAGAGUAUGUGGCAGCUGAAGGGGAGAGUCCAAGAAAGAGGCCAAGGGUGAAGACAUUUAGCCACCCCCCCUGAAGUACAUGGCAGCAUCCAACCCUCUUGGUGAGCUGCAGGAAUGUGCUCCCCAUUGCAGUGCACCAGCUCCAUGUACUGAUUUUGGGUGUGAACUUGAUGGGGUUGGAGGAAACUCGACUCGGCCAUCAAGCUCACCACAAUAUAACUUGAAAAGUGAAAAUUGCUGCACAAAACAGUCUGUCGUCUGCACCGGGAGGCAAGGCAGCUCAAAGCCCAGGCUGUUACAACUCCUGGGCAGUUUUUGCCCAGAGCCAGCAAUUUUUUAGAUCCAAUAGGGAUGGAUUUUUUCUGAGGUCAGGUUCAACAUGCUGCAAGAUGCCAAGAUCUAAGCCUAGUAAGAGAUAUGGGUUACAAGAGAGGAGGUUUGCUCUGGCCUUAUACUAUCAAAGUCCAAAUGCUAAUAGAUUUCUGAGCACAGUAUUUCACUUGCCUUCAGUUUCAACACUUCACUCAUGACUCAGGGGUAUUUCAGUAAAUGUUGGUUGGAGCAAACAGACUCUGACAGCCCUGCAGCAAAGAGCACAGGCUUUGUCAAAAGAAGAGAAACUCCGUGGGAUUUGCCAUUAUUUAGUAUUAUUCUUGUUACGCCAAGAAUUUUUUUCCAUAUACUUUGCCAAAUAUUGCAAGUAAUGCACCAUUGUUGGGCUUGCUUGUUAUAAAUCAGAUCUUGUUCAGUUAACAAGCUUUGGGUGUCUGCCACUUUCCAGUUGUAAUGCAAGGAAUCAUUUAUCUUCCUUGCCAGAUAUCACAUGUAAUGCACCAUGUUGAUCUUGUUCAGCUCACAAGCUUUAGGUGUCUGCCACUUUCCAAUUGUAAUGCAAGGAAUCCCCUGCCAGAUAUCGCAUGUAAUGCACCAUUGUUGGUCUUGCCUGUUAUAAAUCAGGUCUUGUUCAGCUCACAAGCUUUGAAUAUCUGCCAUUGUUUAUUUCAGGUGUAAUGCUUGGAAGCAUUUGUUCUCUUCCCUAGCCAUCAGUAUGCAAUGCUUUAUUGUGGAUUUUGCCUGUUAUAUUUAAUCUUGUUCAGGUAACAAGCUUUUGGUGUCUGCCUUACCUAAUAAUGUGUUGCAGUGACACUUGGCUUGGUUUCAUAAUGUGAAAUACAGCUUGUAAUUUCAUCACACUAAGUGUCUAUCAUCACGUGUCUGGCAUCAUUAAUGUGGCUUCCAGGAGUAAUCUUGUUUGUAUUACAGCAUGCAAUGUUUUUUCUGCUUUAUAUGAUAUACAUAAUCACACAGGUAUGAUUUUUUUUUUUUUUUUUUUUUUUGACAAAAUGUAAUGGCAGUUGAUAUUCUUGACUAAUGCCUCAUAAACCUUGUGAAAAUAAUGCUUUUUUGAAGGGGAAAGGGGGAACGGGGGGCAGAGAGUGGUUUGUUUGGUUGGCCAGUUCAAGGAGUUUCAUAUCAAAUGAUUUUAUUACAUCCAAUUUUAAUGUGUGCUAAAAACAUAUAUUUUAUUACAUCUAACUUUAAUGUGUGGUUCCUGCAAUAAAUACUACAUGAUUACUGAUGUAGCCUAUGAAAUACAUAUCACUCUCUGCCCUGUUAUUUGGUGUGUCACAUACUGCAGCAUAACUUUCCUGCUAUUUUUUUACACUAUGAGUUGCCUUCUUUUGUCUCAUUUCCUUUUAUCAUAUGUGCCUCCGCUGCAUAGUUGUGCCUACUGAGCUUAAUAUCUUCAUGACCCUGACACCAAGGUCAGAGCUUGUGAGAUCAUAUCAUGUCCUACAUCUCAUAUUCACCUCCAGUCCAAGACCACCAAGUUAUUGCAUUCCAUUUAAGACAACUCAUGUGUUACCUUCUUGAUGUCCUCCAUCAUGUAUUUCAGAAUGUUUUAUGGUGCUUUGCUCUUAUAUUGAUGUGCCUUGCAACAUUUUUAUAUAGUUUUCAUUGUAUAUAACACACCAUUGUUGGUUUUGCCUGUUAUGAAUCGGGUCAUGUUCAGUUAACAAGCUUUGAGUGUCUCCCAUUGUUUAUUUCAGUUGUAAUGAUUAGAAGCUUUUGUUCUCUGGCCUGUCAAGCAGUAUGCAAUGCUUGCCAUUAUCUUACACUUGUACAGUUAGUAUGAUAUUUUUACUCAGCUAAGAGCAUUCUGCAAAAGGUAAAGGUACGGUUGGGGGCAUACGCUGUAGCAGCGCGUGGCCUCAGUGCUCAUCUCUGUAACAUUGGCCCUUGAGCCUGUGGUGUUAGGGAACCCAUUACCCUGGGACACAGGACCAGUGUGACAUCCGGGUUACCACAGUUGCAAAGGCAUUAUAGUAAUCUAGCAUGCAUAGAAUGAUGUAUGCUUUGCUUGUAUUUAAAGCACUGGAUAUGUUUGCUACACACACACACACACA